GCAAACAGAAGAGCUGAUGGCAGCACAUAUGCUAAUCUCAAAAUAUGGCCAUGGCUAUAUUGAGUCCAUGGCCCUCAAGUGCGUGGUGGAGCUUGGAAUAGCAGACAUCCUUCAUAAGCACACUAAGCCCAUGACACUCCAGGAGCUUGCCACUGCUCUCUCUUUGCCAACAGUGGACAUGAACCGCUUCCAAAGGCUAAUGAGGUAUGUGGUUCACCACAUGGGUCUCUUCACCUUAGAUAACAAGGAUAGCACCUACGGGUUGACUCACUACUCUAAUUGUCUAGUCCGAGAUAGCAAGUCUUUCAUGGUUCCCAUGAUUCUCCAUGGAAUAAACGAUUGGUUGAUCGGACCAUGGUAUUCUCUGAGCACCAGCAUACAAGGAGGCCCGACGGCGUUCGAGAUGUACCAUGGCAUCACCGGUUGGGACUAUUUGGCGACUCAUGCUGAUGCGAAUCGGAUGUUUAAUGAGGGGCAGGGAGCCAUCACAAGGGAGAUAUUUGGUGAGAUGGUGCGGCAAUGUGGGGCUUGGUUAUUUAAAGGAAUUGGAUCCGUAGUGGAUGUAGGAGGAGGGAAUGGUGCAGCUGCAAGGGAGAUAGUGAAGGAGUUCCCUAACAUCAAGUGUACUGUGUUGGAUCUUUCCCAUGUAAUCAGAGGUAGUAGCUUGGACAAGUCCAGUGAAGUGGAGUGGGUUGAAGGGGACAUGUUCCUAUCAGUACCUCACGCUGAUGCUGUCCCUCUCAAGUAUAUCCUUCAUGAUUGGGGUGAUGAUGAGUGCAUGAAAAUCCUUCAGCGAUGCAAAGAGGCAAUUUCAUCGGAGGGAGGUGGAAAGGUAAUUAUAGUUGAAAUGGUGAUAGAAAUCAAUCCAGAGAUUGACAUGUCUAUGAUGUUAAGCAGAGACAUGUUUAUGAUGGUGAAUUUUGGAGGAAAAGAGAGAACAAGUGAGGAAUGGGAGAGGCUCAUUCGUAAUGCAGGGUACAGGAAAUGCAAAAUAACUCCAUUUCUAGCUAUGGCUUCAAUCAUCGAGGCUUAUACUUAGUAGUUAAUUUUAUCUACUAGAACAUAUAAGAUUCAUGAAAUGUUAGGUGAUGUCCUACCAAAAAAAUGUUAGAUGAUGAAAUAUGUUCUUUUUUUGUCUUCAUGUAUACAUCUCUCCAUGUACUAAAUGAAGCUCCAUUUCCUUUUUCUAAGUCGAUGUCAAGGCUUCUUUACGGAUACUACUCAUGGAAUGUGGAUCAGGUUUUUGUG